AUGGCAAUCACACUCCUGGAACUGAGCUCAGCCAAACCCUCGAACUUCAACACCGACACACAUCCACAAGCCCGCGAAGACGAAACAAACGAUGGCCGAGAAGCAGUACAGUACCGACAACUCAUCUCCCGAGCUGUAACACAGCGACUGCAUUCGCCAUCCCUCGAUGACCUCACUGAGACCAAGGUGGACGAUGCACCUGUAUAUUCCCUAGAAGAAUGGGAGCUGCAAGAGCGCUGCAUCGCACAGAACAAAGCCCGGGUUGAGGCCGAAGAGCUGGGAAUUCCAUGGACACAACUCAUUCGCGAUGUCGAAAACGCCUCUCUGCAAGUCCACAUCCUCACCCCAACUCGGUACGAAGUACCGCCGAGAAACACAAACAAGAACCAAGAGGCGACUAAACAGAACGAGGAGAUUAAAUACACGUUUGGCGACUCCAAAGAUGCAGCGCGUGAUGAAGAGUGGAAGACGAAAGACGCUGCUGUAUACAACAUGCUGAAAGCUUUUCGGGGCGCGCGUUCGGGUCACUGGGACUUCGACGCUCUUGGAGCAUGGUUUGACGGUGUCGCGGCGAUCAACACAACCUCCUCUGCCUCCUCAUCCAAGAAGAACGCGACUAUCGCAAUAGUCGGCGCCGGCAUCUCUGGUCUCGCUACAGCACUGAUGUUUGACAGCGUUGGUGUGCACAACUGGGAGAUCAUUGAGGCAAGCUACCGUGUCGGAGGACGGUUCCGGACCAAGUACGUUGGUGGAACGCAAGAAUGGGCGGAGAUGGGUCCCAUGCGCCUUCCUCACUCCAUCACAUACAAGGAUGGAGAGACCAUCGAAUACAGCGACCAUCAGAUGGUAUUCCAGUUGGCCGAGAUCCUCAAUGAGAUGAACGCAAACGAUCCACAUUACAAAGUCGACUUCAUCCCAUGGGUUCAGCAUCACCCCAACGAGAUCCUUGGCCUAGGAACUGGCAGACUUCCAAAUGGGCAACUUCCAACGCGAGCGGAGAUUCAAGCAAACUCGUCUCUCGGGCGACCAGCACCACUGGACACGCAGGAGUACACUGAAACGAAGCAGCGCAUGAACGAGCUUCUGAAGUCGAAAGACAGACUCAAGGCAGUACAACGCGAUGUGUGGCGCGAACACAAGAAGGCCAUGGACCAAGGUCUCGACGACUGGAGCGAGCAGGCCAUGAUGCGCCACGUCUUUGGCGCAAGCGAAAACGUCACAGACGCCAUCUGGACAGCGAGCGACUACGACGUCUUCUGGGAUGAGUUGGUGCACAACUCAAAUCUUGCACAAGAUGGCGGACCGGAUGCACUGGGUAUGACUGAGUGGAAGUGUGUAGACGGCGGCUUCAACAAACUAUCCGAUGCAUUCCUUCCCCAUGUCAGCGACCGUCUCACUUUGAACCGUAAGAUCAGAAAACUGGAGGCUGUCGAAGACGACGAAGGCCACACACGCACAAAACUGUCGUGGUAUCCCAGUGUCAGCAACCGAACGUACGAAUCGAAAGAAUACGACUACACAAUCAUGGCAGUGCCAUUCACCAUGACACGCUUCAUGUCGCUUCCGAAAUUCUCCUCCGUACUCGGCCGUGCGAUCAGCGAAGCUGGCCUCCGUUUCAAAUCUGCCUGCAAAGUCGCGCUGCUGUUCAGAGAACGUUUCUGGGAGAAGGGCGACCGCCCCAUCUUCGGCGGAUACUCCACGCCGCCCAGUGCGGCCGUUGGCGCUCUUUACUACCCUGUCUACGGCCUCAACGAGUCCCGACCAGGCUUGAUCUUGCAUUACCGGGGUGGCCACUGGAGCGACGAGUUCACAAGCUUCUCAGACGAAGAGUAUGUGCAGACUGUGUUGGAUGCUGUUGUCAGUGUGCAUGGAGAGCAAGCGAGAGACCUGUAUACGGGGGACUACGAGAAGCUGUGUUGGCUGCAGGACGAACACACGGGGACUGCUUGGUGCCGUCCAGAUGUGAUGCAGCAUAAGUUGUAUAUCCCGGCAUACCAUCGAACGGAGCACAACACCAUCUUCAUUGGAGAGCAUACGGCCCCGACGCAUGCUUGGGUCAGUUCGUCGCUGCACUCGGCUGUUAGGGGUUCUGUGCAGCUGUUGCUUGAGUUGGGUUUGGUGGAUGAGGCGAAGCGAGUCAAUGAGGUGUGGAUGGGCAGGUGGAUUCAGAGUACAACCACGUACUAA